CAGUCCCAGAGCCCCAGGCUACAUGUCCAUAGCACCCAGGGGUUCCGCUUUCACUUCUCUUCUUGAGGCAUCUCAGAACCUGCGCUCCCCUCUCCCCGCCUACCAGGGGAGACCUGUGCUCUAGAUUUGGCGCUGACACUUCCCAGGUAUCUUCCUAUCUCCUAGAGCCUCAGUUUGACCCCCAUAAAAUAGGGUGAUGUAAGGGUCCUCCCAGCCCCCAGUCCUGAGGUCCUUUACUCUGGACUCUUCUAUCAUUUGCUCCAGAACUUGGGGGAAGAAGCCAAGAGUGUAGUAAUUCCAGAGGCUCCCUGGAAGAGGCGUUGACGGUUUCUCAACCGGAUAAAGUUAGGUGGCAUUAAGUUCUAGCCGUCUUAUUUUAAGUGUGAUCAGUUGAGUCUUGGUCACCCAGCCAUACUUUUUGUUCCCUGCGUUUCUUUCUGUAAAUGCCCUCAAGCUCAUCCCAGAAGAAAGUGGGGCAUUCUGGGUAUGGAGGUAAAAGUUUGGAGGGUGACCUGGGGAGCUGACAACGUGCAUCUGCCUUUGGUGCUUGCUCCUGCAGGGAGUGCUUGAUGCCCCCUCCCUAUGCCACCCCCCAUGCUGCCCCUGUCCCGCUGGCUGAGAUCUGUGGGGUUCUUCUUGCUGCCAGCCCCCUGCUGGGUACCCCGGGAGAGGUGGCUGGGUUCCCUACGGCAGCCCUCCCUGGUGCAUGGGUGCCCAGUCCUGGGGGCCUGGCACAGUGCCCGCUGCUGGUGCCAAGCAUGGACAGAGGAGCCUCGAGCAUUUUACUCCUCCCUCAGAAUGAAUGGAGACCAGAAAUUGGAUGUUUAUGCCCAAGAAAGGCAGGAUUUCAUCCAGCACUUCUCCCAGAUUGUCAAGGUGCUGACUGAGGAGGACAUUGGACACCCAGAGACAGGAGAUGCUAUUGCCCGACUCAAGGAGGUCCUGGAGUACAAUGCCAUCGGAGGCAAGUACCAUCGGGGUUUGACAGUGCUGGUAGCGUUCCGGGAGCUGGUGGAGCCCAGGAAGCAGGAUGCUGAAAGUCUGCGGCGGGCCCUGACUGUGGGCUGGUGUGUGGAACUGCUCCAAGCCUUCUUCGUGGUGUCAGACGACAUCAUGGAUUCAUCCCUCACCCGACGGGGCCAGAUCUGCUGGUAUCAGAAGCCAGGCAUAGGUUUGGAUGCAAUCAAUGAUGCUUUCCUUCUGGAAGCAUGUGUCUACCGCCUGCUGAAGUUCUACUGCCGGGAGCAGCCCUAUUAUAUGAACCUGAUUGAGCUCUUCCUGCAGAGUUCUUAUCAGACUGAGAUCGGACAGACCCUGGACCUCAUCACGGCCCCCCAGGGCAAUGUAGAUCUUGGCAGAUUCACUGAAAAGAGGUACAAAUCUAUUGUCAAGUACAAGACAGCUUUCUACUCCUUUUACCUUCCUGUAGCUGCUGCUAUGUAUAUGGCGGGCAUUGAUGGGGAGAAGGAGCAUGCCAAUGCCAAGAAGAUCCUGCUGGAGAUGGGAGAGUUCUUUCAGAUUCAGGAUGAUUACCUUGAUCUCUUUGGGGAUCCCAGUGUGACGGGCAAGAUCGGCACUGACAUCCAGGACAACAAGUGCAGCUGGCUGGUGAUUCAGUGUCUGCAACGGGCCUCUCCGGAACAGCGCCAGGUCCUGCAGGAGAACUAUGGGCAGAAGGAGGCCGAGAAGGUGGCCCGGGUAAAGGCGCUAUACGAGGAGAUGAAUCUUCGGGCUGUGUUCACGCAGUAUGAGGAGCACAGUUACAGCCACAUUAUGGGUCUCAUUGAGCAGUAUGCUGCGCCCCUGCCCACAGCCAUCUUCCUGGGGCUAGCAAACAAGAUCUACAAGCGGAAAAAGUGACUUAGAGACUGUGAAGGUGGAGAGGGGAGGCUCUCAAUAAAUUGUUGUCUAACCUGU